GAUAUUGUCGUGGUGACUAGACGCAGAUACUUAAAUGUAAGCCUACAAACUAUCACGAUUCUUACGCUUAAUCUCAAGAUUCGAUAAGUUGUCGCGAGCUCUUCUUGAUUAGUUGAAAGCAUUAUAAUGAUUUGUUAGUCGUCACCUCUACGUUUCUUGUCAAUUUUCUAUCCACGGGUUUGCAGAUUUGCUUUUUCAGUCUGUUAUUACAACUGAGGCAUACGAAUCCCCUGAAAACAUAUUGUAUUGUGGAUGUUACAAACUCUGACUGUUGCUUUUGAAAAAGAAACACAUGUGCGUAAGAGUUACAUGCAUGUUUGUGACCUCGGCUUAGUCACUUCGUUUCCCAAUAUUGAAAAGCACAGAGCACGAUACAAUUUCGAAGAUUACACUUUGCUCAAUCUUAAUCCACAUAUAUUCGUGCAUGAUAGUGAACAUUUAUCACAUAAGGUUAGAUCAGUUUAUCUUAUAAUUCUAUUGAAUUGUUCUUAAAGCCAAGAUAUUACUUAGUCGAGGUUGACGCUGAAAAUAGGCAGAAACUAAACAAUACUAAGGAUUAAAACAUAAACAAACCUGAUAUUGCCUCAGCAAUUUUGUAACAAGUCAUUGCAAACAAGAAACGGUACGGUGCUAUAUCUGUUAUCGAACAUCUUUGUAUGGAGUUACAUUAUGGCACGUUGCUUUAGGAGUGCGCAAAUGAUAUGUUUCUACUGCCGACAACUAUCCUAAUGUCGCAUCGAGUAUUUAGCACAAAUUACAAGACGUAGCCAUGGGAUGUCAAGCAGAGUGCACAAUAAUUCUUUCGGAAAGCCUUUGUAGGCCUCUGCAAGUGUUGUGUGGAAUAAAAUAUCUGGCACUACAUCUAUCUACAAAUGAUAAAACAAAGUCAACCAAUCAAAACCAGUUCACGAGAAGAAAAUGAAACACCAUAAAACUUCGAUAGUGAUUUGAUCAGAAGAAACACCUCAUUAUCUAGUGCUCAAGAACCUGAUAAAACAGACAUCAGAGUAAACAUGUGACACGAAAUUCGUUACCCUUCAUGAAAAUAAAUACUUGGGCCUUUGAUGAAGGGGACUACCAACAUUCGGUAAAAUGUCUCGCUUGUUGGUAAUAUCGUUUCAUGAAGGGUAUCUCUUGCAACGCGAACCCGAUGGUCCCAGUGAGUGGAUAGAAAAAUAUACUUCACCUUGAGGUACAUCCUACGCCUGCCUUCCCUGAUCUCGUGAUCAGGUCAGUCAUGAAUGCCUUGCCAAUAGGCCUACGCAUUUGACCCCCGAUAAUCAGUAGAUGAAAGUAGCAUCUAUAAAUGGUCAAGGAUUUCUUCAGAAAACGAUUUGUUUUGAACUAAAAAUAGCUCUGAAUAAUGUCAAAAUCUGUUAGUGGUAAACGUAAAACUAAAGGAAAGAAAACUAAAGCAAAGGACCCUGUGAAUGAGGUAUUAGAAAAAACACAGGAAGACGUAAAAAACUUGCGGGAAGAAGUAAGCAGAAAAAUAUUUAUUGCAGAAAAUGCAGAAAAUCGUCGCUAUCAAGCAUAUACUGAGAAAUUGGAGUCUGUAAGAAAUUAUAAUGAAUUGAAAAAAUCAACACAAAACCAUACUGCUUUCCUAAUCACAGAAAACGAAAUAAAAGUAGCCAAUCUUCGAGAUGAAAUAGAAAAAUUAACCACAAAACUAGAUGAGGCCAAUAAGCUAAUUGAGAUAAGAAAUAAUGAACUGAAAAAUUUACGUCAAGAAUUCCUAAAUUGUAAGGCAGAAAAAGAUUCGAAAAUCAGCACAUUAGAACAAAAAUUAAAAGAACAAGCUGCAUUAUUUCGUGACGUUAUGUCACAAGCGUUCAAUCAACUAAUUGAACAACUAAGUAUCGACUAUGAAAAUGUUCAUAAUAACUACAAAAUAUUUUCUCAGCCUACAAAUGAUCUAAUAGAAUUGGAGUUUUUAAAUCCACCGUUUUUAGAUGAAGAAUCUGUUGAAUAUAUAUAAUUACCUAUCUAGAUAUAUACAGUGAUGUAGGAAUUUUCUCAACAUAUUCACAAGGAUAUUUUCUAAUUAGCAUUUGUGAAUAAUUUAUGUAAAAAUAAUUCCUGUAUAAAAAAGAAGCCACAAUUCUGCUACGACAGUUAAUUAUUCUUUAAUAAGACCCGUAAAAGGGAGGAAUUGUAUGAAACAUAACUGCACUGUUUUGACAGAUGUUAAACUAUUUUCAAUAGCAAAAUAUCUUUGCUAAUUAAUUCUUGAAAAAACAACUAGUCUGUGAAGUUGUUAUUGGAAAAAAUGCAACUCAUCCAGAAAUUACUGACUUUUUAUAUCAAACUAAUAGCGGUACUAACCAGUGAUUUAGCCUUUUAUAUUAUUGGAAGAUACAUUUUCACAAGUAAGGAAAUGAAGUGUGAGAAUAUUUAACCGGGAGGUAAGGAUGUACAAUCAUGAAGCCACUAUUCCGAAAUAAGAUGGAGCCUUUACAGUUAACGAUGUUGUUGAGAUACCAAUCUCAACUGGAACGAAGUGUAGAUGAACUGUUUUUAAAAAACAGCAGAUAAGAGGUCAUGAAAACCGUCACCGUUUCUAAACCAUUAAGUAAAGAUACUCCAGAUAGAAUAGGGGGACAUACUGUGAUUUUUCUACAAUGUACCAAAAUAACAGUGUAGUUAGGUCAAUUUACAGAAUAUACUUUUAUAUCUUAC